AGCAAGAAGAUGGGAAAUUUCAGCUCCAUUCAUGCUAGUAAAGGAUUUCGCCCUGGAAGGUCCAAGUGGAAGGGAAGAAAAAGUUAUUCCAGAGACGGCAAUUCCACAAGUACCGAUCAUCAUCAUGGCGGAAUAAGGACCAUAAAGGCGGAUAAUCUUUGUGAGCUAUCGACCGAAAAUUCAAAUAUUUGCAUUUGCGUUAUUACCUGGAACAUGAAUAAUCUGAAGGUCUCUUCAGAAGAUUUGGCAGACCUUGUGGGGGACAAUCGGCAGUUUGAUCUUCUCGUUGUAGGUCUGCAAGAAGUGCCUCGCCGAAACGUUUCAUAUCUUCUCCAGGAAGCUCUCGUUGAGUCUUACACGCUGUUAGGAGAAGCCAUCAUGCAAUCUCUGCAACUGUACGUUUUCGGGGCAAAGAAGUCAGAUUUGUUCAUCAAAGAAGUGAAGGUGGAUAAGCAUUCGGUAGGGGGUUGUGGAGGAGUUAUAAGGAGAAAGAAGGGAGCAGUCGCAAUCCGCAUCAAGUACAAAGGCAUCCACAUGAUGUUCGUUUCUUGCCAUCUCUCCGCUCAUGCACACAAAGUGGAGGAGAGAAAUUCGCAAUGCAGGCACAUAUCACACUCGCUCUUCUCUAAAGACUGGAACCCUUAUGCCAGACCCACCCAAAUCACCGUGUGGUUGGGAGAUCUCAAUUACAGAGUUCAAGGGAUCGCUAACCAUCCUGCCAGAAAUCUAAUUCACAAAGGCCUUCACAAACUACUGACGUACAAGGAUCAGCUCCUUCAAGAGGCUGAAAGAGGGAAGAUUUUCGAUGGAUAUUGUGAUGGUACAUUGACGUUCAAGCCAACAUAUAAGUAUAACGUUGGAACCAGCAACUAUGAUACAAGUUAUAAGGUGAGAGUGCCAUCGUGGACGGAUCGUAUUUUGUUCAAGAUUCAAGACAUCGAUCACAGAGAUGUAACUUUGCAUUCUUAUGAAUCAAUGGACGAUAUAUACGGUUCUGAUCACAAGCCUGUGAGAGCCCACCUUUGUUUAAAACAGUUCGGCAAACUCUCAUAAUUGCCACUAUGUUAUGUAACACGUUUGAUCUUCAACAAACGUCAACAUCCCUAAUUUCCUAAUUUGGAGCAAGCAUCCAGAAGAUAUAAUUGGAUGCAUAUGUAUUCUUCUGAUUGCUAAAUACAAAUUAUAUUGUUA